UCUCUCUCCAUGUGUGAUGCGUUCAGGGUCCUCUCGGUGGUUCCGGUGAACCUGCGGUCGGUGUGUUUUUUUCUUCUUUGUUUUUCAUGUUUUCAGGAUGUGAUCAAUUGAAGAUGGCGGAUGAAUUAUUGAUGCUCCGGUUGUAGUUUUGUCGUCCACGUGACCCUCCGCAGCUCUACUCUCCUCGUGUCACUUCACGUCGCUUCAUUCAGAGUCGGAUCGCACGAGGAGACAGACGGAGGAUGCGCGAGACGGCGGUCUUUGAACGUCUCAUCAGUAGUGUCGGGGAUCGUUCUUCCAUCAGCUGUCUCUGUGUGGGCCGGGAUGGAAAUGAACUCUUUCACCUCCCUUCCUGUGACAGCUGGGUUCAAACAUCGACCCCACUCAGGGUCAGAUUGACUAAAGACAUCAUGCAUGAGCUGUUGGAGACCGAGACCGCCCCCGUCCUGACCAACACGACUUCCAUUUCGUGUCAGAAGCCGUUCGACGAUGGCCGCCUGCCGCUCAUGCUGCUGUACAGCGGCGUGCUGGCGGUGGGACUUCCUGCUAACUUCCUGACCCUCUACCUCACCUGGCUGCAGGUGCGCAGGAGCAACGUGCUGGGCGUGUACCUGUGGAGCCUGUCACUGUGCGACCUCACCUACCUGUGCACGCUGCCGCUGUGGACGCUGUACGUGAGCGCGGGUCGUUGGCCGUGGAGCUCGGUGGCGUGUAAGCUAACGGGCUACAUCUUCUUCACCAACAUGUACAUCAGCAUCUUCCUGCUCUGCUGCGUCUCCUGCGACCGCUACGUCGCCGUCGUCUACAGCGUGGAGUCCCGCGGCCUGCGAUGCCGACGCCACGCCUUCCUCAUCGUCGUCACCAUGGUGCUGCUGGUUGCCGUCGGCCACGUGCCCGUCUUCACCAUGAGGGAGGGGGAAGCCACGCAGGGCCAACGCCGCUGCUUCGAGCCGAGUCAGAGCAGCGCCACGGUGACGGGCUUCAACUACGCUCGCUUCGUGGUCGGGUUCCUGAUCCCGCUGCUCGUGCUGGUGGCGACCAACCGCGGGAUCCUGGUGAACGUGCAGAGCAGCACGGGGCUGCGGCGCGAGCAGAAGGAGCGCGUGCGCUGGCUGGCGAUGGCGGUGGUGUUCCUCUUCCUGGUCUGCUUCGCCCCGUAUCACCUGAUCCUGCUGGUGCGCGCCAUCCUCUUCCACUUCCCGCGCCUGGAGGACGGCACCUGUCUGUUCGAGACCACCGUGUACACGCCGUACACCAUCUCGCUCGGCCUGUCCACCGUCAACAGCGCCGUCAACCCCAUCCUCUACGUCCUGUCCAGCGACAACAUCCGCAAAGAGCUGCGCCGCGGCCUCGCUGGCCUCUGUGACCGCGCCCACCUGAGGACGCGAUCCGACAGCAGCCAGAACAAGAUCCAGCCCACCAGGAACUCCUCGGAGCUGAACCCGGGAACCAAGAUGGAUGGACCCCCGGGACCAGCAGAGACCUGCAGACAGGCUGGACUGGACUCUGAGGUGUUAGUUCCACCGGUCUAACCAGCGGGGGAGGGGCGGUGUGUCCUGAAGGGGGCGCCGCAGGUAUCAGGACUCCACUGAGGAGCUCCGAUCAACAAACAGACAAAAUCAAUAGAUAACAGAGUUUCAGAUAAAAACUGAUGAGCUGACAGUUUUUAACCUUUAAUAAAUAAGUGACGACCUCACACGAGACACGGCGCCCCCUGCUGGUCAGACGUGAACUUUACAGAUUUUAAAAAUCCUGUUUCUGUAAAUAAAGUAAAAUAAAGUUCAUACAAAACAGCUGCUGUCACAAUAUAUCCCACAAUCCUUUGCUCCUCUGCUUACUGUUACACCCCCCAACACACACACACACAUCUCGGCUGUUUCCAUGGUAACUGCAUCAUGACAUGUUGGAUUUUUUAAUCUGAAAACUUUUAUGAAGAUUAAAAACAAGAGCAAAUAAAGCCGUAAAAAACAAAGCGAUCUGAUUGGACGAGAGGCGGGUGUGUUAUUUCUGAAGAAGUAAAAACACACAAGGUGGUUACUGGUUAACUUCAGACAUCAAUUUAAGUACAAAGGUAGGCGUCUGUGGUAACCAUGGAAACAGCAACUGUUCCACCGCAGGUCGAGCUGGUGGAAUCAAACGUCAGCGUUUUGUUCAAACUUACUCAUUUUUACAGUCUAUGGUUCAAACAUGGAGAGUAAACACGAAGCCUCGUAUCAAGAAGUGUGUCACUCACUUCCUGUCUGAGCUGCUUCCUGUUUGCUGCUCCAUGACUCGUGACUCGUGUUUCCAUGAUAACAAAGUGGCAGACAGCUGGGAGGGUGUGAGACAGUCUCACUGCACACCCACACGGACCAAUGAUCAGCCUGACAUCAGACAGAAUGACAUGUAGGACAUGGUGGUUGCCAUGGUAACAGCAGGUGUUUCAAUAAUUUAUCAGUGAAAUCUAAAAUCUGGUACCUUCACAAUAAAAGCCUCAGAAUCAGUGCACUG